AUGGUUAUAUCAGCAUCUAAUAACCAGAAUAAUACGACGAAUGAUGCUGCUGCUUUAGAAAAUUCAUUACCAGUUAUCGAGACAAAGCUUGCAGAUCUUAUUGGAUCUAAAUCUUUUAUAUUGAUUAAAUUAAAAGAGGAGGGUGAUUCAAUAAAAUCUAAAAGCUCUGCUGAAGACGUUGUAUCAGCAGACCAAAAAUAUCAUCCUACACAUUUUGGCCGAGAGAUGAUUGAAAUGGGUAUUCUGGUAAGCUUGGUUUUACUUAGCAUACUAUUGAAUUUUUUGGAAGUAGAUAACAAAAUAUUUCGGAUUGCUAUGUCUGUUGCCGUAUUAUCAUGUUUUGUAUACUGUAUAAUAAGAACAACUAUUUUGGCAACAAUGGAUAAUAUUCCUAACGAUGCCAUGGGAAGUUUUUUUUAUUUCUCAACGUUACCAUUUACAUUGGUUCCUAUAUGCAUUAUGUUGAAAGAAUUACUUGGGGAAGAUGGAAAUACAGAUUCGCUUUUGUAUUCAAACGAAGGAGAGCGAAUGUUACUUGGUAGGUAUACACUUAUGAUUAUAGGAGCAUUUGUACUUAUCCAGGCUUUGAAUGUAUUGCAGGCAUGUAAUGAUCGUACCAAAUCAAAUUAUGUCAUACGAAGCUCGUUUAUAUGCGGAUUUUCUGGAUUGAUUUUAUUUUCUGGCGAGUCAUUUGGAUUGUCUAAAUACCAAAGUAUUUUUGCAAUUACACUAAUGGUGUGUCUUGCACUACUUACAUCUGUUGACUUCAUUAGGGAAAAAAAGAGGAAAACUUCAAAUAAAUCCGACCAUAACAACAAGAUACUUACACAAAGCAAUAACCCAUACAGGUUGUUUUACAUGGUUAUAUUUCUAUCAGGAUUAAACGUGAUAAACAUGUCUGUUGAUCAAGGCUUGGAUGUGGGUGGUAUUGUUAAACUCCUGAUCGAUAAGAUUUUCCCAGGAUUGAAAUUAUUUGACAAUCUUGUUUCAAUGAACUCCAAAUAA